AUGCAUCCACAAACUCAAAUCGAUUCAUCUCUCAACCAGGCCAGAUCUAUCCGAUGGAAUUUGCCUGCAAGUGGUUCGAGACCCAAUCCUCUAGGCUCUUAUCACUAUGGAUUGGUAAACACCGCCCGUACAAUCAAGCUUGCCAAUAAUGCAAACAUCGUUAAUGGCAAGCAGAGGUAUGCUGUUAACGGUGUCUCCUUCGUUCCAGCAGACACACCAUUGAAACUAGCAGAUUACAAGAUCCCUGGAGUCUUCAAUUUUGGAAGCAUUCCCGAUAAACAUCCUGGUCACGGCAAAUGCGACCUUAAGACUUCUGUCAUGGCUGCAGAUUUCAGGGCUUAUGUUGAGAUUGUGUUUGAGGAUUGGACGGACACUGUACAGUCAUGGCAGAUUGAUGGUUAUUCCUUUUUUUUGUUGUCAGGUAAGGUUUAUAGGCCAUGA